GGGAUCAGUAGUGGGAUCGCAUCGGCUCAGUCCCCAGAUUCGCCCGUGUUCGUGCGUGUCGUCAUCGACAUUGUUGUGUGCGUGUGCGUCGCGUUUUUGACCCGGCGGCGUUCGGUCGCGCGUUACUUCCCCGGCGUUACGCGCCGUUAAAUGCGGACUUUCUCACAUAAAACUCGCGAUCGCGACUAUGGCGCAAUUACGAUACACCCGUAAUCUGUUCCUGCGUGGGAUCUGCAUCAUAUACCUGUUCGCGUUCCUCAGCUUCUACGUGCAGAUUCCAGGAUUGUACGGCGACAAUGGGAUCCUACCAGCCAGGACGCAGAUGGAUCUCAAGGCACGUGCGACGUUGUUCAAUAAGCUGAAGCAAAAGCCAACAUUCUUGUGGCUGGCACCGUAUCUAGGUCUGAACGUUGAAUAUAUGCUGGACGUGCUGGCUAUCCUCGGAACUGUUCUCUCCUUCGCAGGAUUUGUCACGCAGAAAUUCUGCAUUGGGCCAGUAUUUGCAGGGCUAUGGACCCUAUAUUACUCUUUAUACCAAAUUGGUCAAACAUUUAUGUUCUUCCAAUGGGACGUUCUAUUACUGGAGGUUGGAUUUCUAUGUAUACUUAUCGCACCGUUUUGGUAUCCUUACCGCGGAACGCCGACCGACGGCGUGUCUCUCUGGGCCGUGCGUUGGCUGCUUUUCCGCCUCAUGUUUGCUAGCGGAGUAGUGAAGCUCACUUCAGGCUGUCCGCUUUGGUGGAGCUUAGAUGCUUUAAAUGUCCAUUUUGAAUCGCAAUGUAUACCAACUCCUCUAGCAUGGUACGCGCAUCAUCUGCCAACGUGGUUCCUUCGAUUAUCCAACGUUUUUACAAACGUCAUCGAGCUUGCUGUACCAAUUUUAUUUUUCUUCACGCACAGAAAAGUGAGAAUAGUAGCAUUUUACUUACAGGUGCUUCUACAAGUUUGCAUUAUCGCUACUGGAAACUACAAUUUCUUUAAUUUCCUUACCAUUUGUCUAUGCAUAUCCUUGCUGGACGAUCAGUUCUUUUACAAACAAAAAUCUAAAGACAAUGAAUCCUCUAUUAUGAAUUAUUUCUCUACAUUUGUAACUAUAUUUAUAUACGGAGGAGUGCUGUAUCAAGCAUAUAUUUACUACGGUCUUAAAAUAACAGAGAACUGGACCAUUGAAUCUAAUAUCACAUUUACACCAGAGCAAUUUGAUUAUGUUCUACUUCACGCGAUACCAAUUUCUAUUUACAUCAGUGCAGCAAUUUUCACAUUAGCGUCAUUCGAAUCGAUAGUCACUGCUAUAGCUUCUCACCGAGGCACACUUGAUACAACAAUAACAGUGAUAACCACGAUUUUAUACAUCAAAACUGUAGCCUGGAUCUUUGUUAUAAGUAUUGUACCGUAUUCCACUUUGCAUCAAUCUACCAACUUGACAAUGCUUCAUGACCUAAAGCAGAUACAUGCAAAAGUGGAUCAUCUUCAUAUAGCAAAUAGUUACGGAUUAUUCCGUCGUAUGACGGGAGUCGAUGGUAGACCUGAAGUUGUGAUAGAAGGGAGCGACAGCAUUGACGGGCCCUGGAAGGAAUAUGAGUUUUUAUAUAAACCAGGAAAUGUUAACAACUCACUACCAUUUGUCGCACCUCACCAACCUCGUCUCGAUUGGCAAAUGUGGUUCGCUGCUUUAGGUACAUAUCAUCAAAAUCCAUGGUUAAUGUCACUAGCCUAUCGUUUAUUGAGCGGACAGCCCGAGGUACUGGCUUUAAUGAAUACCGUCGAGAAUCCAUUUCGAGACAAACCGCCGAAGUAUGUUAGGGCUAGUCUUUAUUAUUAUCGUUACACGUCAUGGAGUCAAACAUCGACUCGUGCUUGGUGGACUAGAGAAAAAAUAGGAGAGUAUUUCCCAAUAUUCAGCCAAACUCAUCCUCCGCUUCUCGAAUAUCUGACAAAAAUGAAGAUUCUUCAGGAGAAGUCGGGCUUCAAAGUCACAAAUGAACCAGUCAAAUUGAUUCUGGACAACCUUAGGUCUUUAGUCAGCAAAAUAGAACCGAGUCUAAUUUUAUGGGGCGUUUUUACAGCCGGUUGCACGGUAAUCGUGACAGGUUACAGCAGUUCGGCAGUAUCGAAAAAGAAAUAGUUUCUGAGCGAUAAUCAUUAUAAAAACUUGAUAAGUUACACAAAGCUGCAAGGUAUUGGAUAUUAACAAAAUAUAAAAUGUAAGCUGUAAUCUAUAUGUAUAUCAGCUAAAUGAGAAUUAUUUGCAUACAGUGUAACUUAGAGACACAAGAUACUUUUUGCAUGUGAGAUAUAUAAAUCUGCAUUUCUCCUUUCCAUCUAAUAGAUCUCUGUUAGAUAAUAUUAACCAUCAUGUCGUGUAUAAUAACAUUGGCGCGAGACACUGCUGUGCUGUGUCUCUUAAUAAAACCAUUUCUUCCAAUAGAUGUCUGUUAGACAAUAUUAACCGUCAUGUCGUGUAUAAUAACAUGAUGAUGCAUUUAAAAUAAAUCUACUGAGAAAACUUAUAAAAAGAGAAAAAGGAAAGGCAUAUCAUUUUACGUAAAAUUACUAGAGGAUUUAACGUGUGCAAUGAACGAAUACAUUCAAAGUAUAUUAUGUGUCCCAUUUACACUGUUAGUAAUCUAUAUUUCAUGUUCACUCGUUACAAAAAGUAUGUGGUAUGUGAUUUGUAAUGUUCAGUACAUAUACAUGUCGUAUGUAUGUAUAAAUUGGAUCUCUCAUUUCAUGCUAUUGCAUCGCUUUAUUAGCAUUAGUUUCGCUGAUUUUAAGAAACGAUAUUAAGUAUUUAUAAUGAAACAAAAGAAAAUACAUCUGUGUUAUGGUAAAAACGAAAAAAAAGGAGACACUUCGGUAUAUACAAAACAUAUUUUCUUAUAUAAACCUCAUUGCUACAUUUUUUCUAACGUCUUUUACAAAUAGUACAAGUUUCUCGAUAUUAUUUACACAGGUUGUAAAUAGGUCGCGACAAACAUGCAUUUGUUUAAAAAAGAAAAAAAAACAAAACAUUUUUCUACGUUACACGUAUUUGUCUAAACUACACUUGUCAGUAGCCGUUCUUAUGGCCUUCGUAAAAUCUAUAAAUGUAAUUUUAUAUCCUACUUACAAAUUAUAGAUAAUGUGUUCGUACGCAUGCAUAUGUAUAUAUAUAUAUACAUAUACAUAUUCUAAACUUUCCAGAUCACUAUUGUUAAUUAUCACAGUUGUGUAAUACAUUACGAGUUAUUUUCAGAUUAUAUUUGUAAUAAAUAAAAGCUAGUCUUUUUUUUUCUACGCCCAUUUACUUUAAUAUAAAAGAAACUGUAAACGAAAAUGUUAAGUAAAAAAAAUGUACCAUGUUUGCAGACAAAUAAACUUUAAUGCUUCCUA